CCCCGGAAAAAUUAAGUUUCAUAAAAAAAAAAUAUUAAAUUACACCAAGAUGGAUUAAUCCAUCUUGAAUAGCACGUUUACAAUAUCAUUACGUGGCCACGGUUAUCUACCAACGAUAACUGUGGUAUAAACCAUAAAUUAUAACAUAUUUAGUAGUGAUAAGAAACGAACUGAUAAUGUUGUUGACUGUAGUUCCCGAAUGACAUAGUAUUGAUAAUUCGGUUGAAGUACAGCUUUUUGGGUUUUGCUGUAAUAUUCCUUAGUUGAUAUUUGUGCAUACAGACAUUUUGUGUAUUUAAUUUUGUGUUUUACAGUUUUUCAGUUUACCUAGUAUACAAAUUUUUAUAUUUUCUAUGUAUUAAUUGAAAUCUAUUUAAUAAACCCACAGAUAUAUAUUAUUAUAUAUAUCUAUGAAUUAACCACAUAAAUUUGUUGGAGGUAGGUUACAUCAUUUUAUACCAUUUAAUAAAAAUAAUAUUAUAAUGUUCUUAGAACUAAUAUGAAAACAUUAGUUUUUUAAAUUUAACUAUUUUAGAUGAUGGCUGCAACUAGAGAACGCCGUUCAAAUGCUGGGAACAAGUUAGCACGCUUAUUAGAUGAAGAAGAAGAUGUGGACGAUUUUUACAAGACCACAUACGGUGGUUUCAAUGAAGAAGAAGAAGAUAACGAUUUCCAUUUUGUUGAUGAAGAAGUACCAGAUGAAGUAGACUCUGAUUUCAGUAUCGACGAAAAUGAUGAAGUAAUAUCUGACAUUGAAGAAGAAGAGAAAAUUAAAAAAAAUGCUAACAGGUGGGAUAAAUGUAUUUAAAUAUAAACCAAUACUAGUAAUUUUAAAUUGUUUAUAAUCACAAAUACCUAUCAUAAUAUUAUUAUUAUAUCUAAUUAUUUAGUUAAAUACUUUCAAUUUCACUGAUAAAUAUUAUUUUAUUUUAGGACAAUAACAAUAUUUAAUAUUAACUUAUUAGCAUUAGUAGUUUUAUAGAAACAAAAUUAAUGAAUUUAUUGGUAUAUUACUAAAUAUAUUAUAAUGCUUAUGCCUUUAAAAUUGUUUUAUUAUACUCUUGUUGAUAUUUAGCUUAUUAAUCAUUGCUGAAAAAAAUUGUUCAAAUAAUGCAUUACCUUCUAUAUAAACGCUUUUAAUAAUUUACUAAAUAUAUAUUUUACAUAUGCCUCAAAUUUAUUGUUAUAUCAAGCAAAAAUGUUUGAAAUUUGUUUAACUAUGUAAAAAAAAAAAACCUUAAAAUGAACCUAAAUGAAUCUGAAAAGUUUAAAAUUAAGUUAUACCAGGUAAUUCAUUUAAGUGGGUAUAUUCAUUAUCUUGGAAAGUAUUAACUUUUUCUGGAAUUUGUUUUCUAGAAUAUUUAAGAAACAAGCUGUUCUACAAUUUUAUAUUCAUGUUAAUUAUUUGUCACCCUUAUUUUGUUGGUAAAACCACUACCUACUUUUGAUUUUCAAAUGGCAACUUAUAUUAAAAUAUCCAUAAAUACAUGAAGUAUUAGCUAAAAUAAAUAUAACUGUUGACAUUUUUGAUUUCUAUCAAGCCGUUGACGAGAUAUUCCACUUUUAAUUUUAGGUUAGAGGAGAUUAGUGGAGUAUCAUUUGUAUGGUGAGACGACGCGUGGCGUGUUAAUAAUGUACCACUACUCAAAUAAGGGCGACAAAAAAUAACAUAAAUAUAAAAUUGUAAAGCUGUUUGUUUCUUAAAUGUCCUAGAAAACAAAUUCCGGAAAAAGUUAAUACUUUACGAGAUAAUGAGUGUACCCACUUAAAUGAAUCAACUGAUAAAUCUAUUAUUAAUAAAUUAUUCAUUACAAGUAAUUUACCUACCUAUAUUAAAAGUAGCAAAACAGUUUUAAAAAUUGAAUAUUAUUAAUUUCAUAGUCUCCUAAAAAUAAAAUUGACUUACUAGUAGAUUAUGGUUUUUGAUUAGUAUAGUUGGAAAAUUCUGUAAAAUAAAUGAAUAAAUAAUAAUUUAAAAAUAAAUAUAAAUUAAUAUUCAAGAACAGGGCAUACACUUAUUAAGAGAAUAAUUAGUCUUAUUUAAUGUAAUUUAAUACAUUUGGUACUUUUUUAGACUGGUGUAUUCUUAGUUAUAAAAAUAUUAAUUUAGUUAUGAUAAAUAUUUAUAACUUUUGCAUAAUUUCUAUUAAAUUUCAAUUUGAUUUCAUUGCAGAUAUCAAGAACCCAAGGCUCCAAAACUACCAGUUGAACAAAAAGAAGUUCCAAAGAGAAAACGAUCUAGAACAGAAAAAGUUGUUCCCGAGAUAUCAUAUGAACGAAAAUCUAUACGUCAAUCUACUGCAGUUAAAUCUAAAGAAACAAUUGAACGUAUCAGAGAACGUGACAGUAAAAUCCAAAGAAAAAAGCCAUUGCCUCCGGAAGAGAUGCCUUCUCAACGAGAAUUGUUGGAAGAAGCAAAAAUAACGGAAGAAGAGAAUUUGAAAUCAUUAGAGAAAUUCGAACAGUUGGAGUUACAGAGAAAACAGACAAGGGGUAAACCACGUAUUUCAUUCUUGACGUCUGUGAAAUUUCUGAGCAAAGCAUAUCCAUGUGAUGAUGACACUGUAAAUGUGGAGACCGAUGAACACAAUGAGAUUCCAAAGCACUAUAACUUUUUUGAGCGCACAACUAUUACGGUGAAUGAACCGCAUGAGUUUGAAAAGAUGUUUCCGAAGAAAACAGCUAAACCCACUAGAGCUCAUAGGCAAUGUAUAUUUACUGAAAAAUACGCCAGAUACAGAGACCCAUUAACUGGUCACCCAUAUAAAAACCAAAAGAUUUUUUCGAUAUUAAGAUCUGUUUACUCUAUGCAUUUAGACGAAGCCUUUGGUAAAAAGUAAAAUUAACACUUUUAAUAAUUCUAACAACAAUAUUAAU